UCCAUUAAGAAGUCUUGAACACCAAAUGUUCAAUUGUUGAACACACGAAUUUCUGUUUGAUUUGAUCAAAUAUGCGGAGUGAGACACCGUUAGUGCCUUCAAUGGCAAGCUAUCAAUUAAUGUAAUGGGAGCGUGGGCCUAUAUUUGUGCGGUUGUCUUUCGUUCGUUUGUUUAUUUGUACUUGAAAACAUACGUCGCGACGUCGUCUAAACCGCACGAAACGGAUUCGACAUGUUUAUGUGGCGGUUGCUUGGUUACCAUAAUUAAUAGAAAAACCGAAACACACGAAACGACCCAAAAAAAAAAUCAAUGUUUUUUCCGCCGUUCGGUUGUACAUUAUCACUAUCAGUUCCAUCAUAUUCUUUGCAAUUGCUUGAGGUGCAUCGCAACUUUCUUUUUUCGGUUCUCGAGCAACAACAACAACAAAAAAACACAAAGAAAGAACAACAAGAAAACCGGACAACAGGAAAUAUUUCAAAUUAACCAUGACCGAGGAAAGUAAUGCAUGGGUGUUUGACUCAUUGAUCGGUUUUUUGCACGGUCCCGUAUGGAAUGCACCGUUGCAAACGUUCAUCGAAGAGAAGUCAUUGAUUUUCGAUCCGAACGAAAGUAGCGACGAAAACAAUGAAGAAUAUAAGAAAAUUUACGAUGAAUACAAGCAUUUGGUUGAUUUUAUGCUGGGCAGUUUUAUGGAGGAAAUGCAAAUAACACCGGAACAAUUCGAGGUGGCAUGCUUGGCUGGCAAACAUACCGCAUCUGGGCUAUCAUUUCACCAGGGACUCUUUCAACAGAUUUGGGCAGCAAAUGAUAUUCGGAUAUUUGUUCGCAUGAUGACCCAACGAAAUGUCGAGUUGCAAUUACAAGCGCUGGAUGUGAUUGAACGAAGACAUCUAAAUUCAACGGCUUCAUCGUCGAUGGAUGAUGGUGAUGCUGAAAUUGCGGCUGGAACAAGCAGCGCCAAUGUUAGCAUUGAUAAACCAAUACCCGAACAGGAACAGGAAGAAGAUUUGGAUGAUGUCAUUCAAGAGGAUGUCAAGAAAUCGGUGAAACAGGAAUUUGACGAGAAAAACAAUUCAAUCGAUGACGCAAAACCAGCAGAUAAAACAGCUGAAACGGAUGAACAGGUGGCUAAUCGAAUGCAACGAUUGAAUCUCUAUUUUGAAAACGAGAAUAAAGUUGAUGCUGAUGAGGUGAAAUCGAGACAGGAAUACCUCCGAGCGCAGCGUGACAAAAUUGUGGCUCUGAAGCGACGUGUUCGAACCGAGCAAUUGAACGCGAACGCUGAACGAAAUGGACGUCCUAGUUCGGCGCAGGCCGCCCAACGACUUCUAUUGAGCGAUGCAAAAUUGGGCGAUGUACCCAUGGUAGCCUCGUUACAACUACGCAAAACAUUGGCCAAGCGCCUUAGAAACGAAGUAGUCGAUUCCAAAGAAUAAAUUCACAUGGCUUCACUCACAAGUACUCAGCUCACCGCCCCACUGUUGCCUUUUCUACACACGUUUAGAGACAAAACAAAAACUAACAAAAAUGAGAGCACAUUGCAUCUGGUGAUGGGAAAUAAGCAAACCAAUUUUUCUAAAUUAAAUUUUCCACUUUAUUUUUCUCUUUGUUGAAAUUUUUCUUGCUUGUUUCAUAGAGUUUCUGUUGUUUUGUUUUUAAAUACAAAUGUGUGUUUGUGUGUGUUUUUUUUGCAAUUUUUUGUUUUCAUAUAUCAACGGCGGACAGAGAAAAAAAAACGGUUGUUCUUGUUGUUUGUAUAAACAAAACAAAAACUGUUUUAUGAUUUCAUUUUCUUUAAAUAAAGGGAUAUAUUCUAAUCCAUAUAAA